CCAUUGUUCAGUUUCUCAUUUACUGACUUAUCUGCCUACCUACUCAAACCAAGCAGGCCACUUCGUGUGUCAUUAAAGGUCUCAGGAUCUGUACAUUGCUGCAGAAAUUUCCAGGGAGGCUCACUAACAACUUCAAAGAUGGUGAAUGAAUAUAAGAGAAUUGUUCUGCUGAAAGGACUUGUACCCAUCAGUGAUGAUUAUUUUAGCUUAUUUAAGUCACUGAUGGCGAGGGAUUUAGGACUGAAUAGAAAAAAGCAAAAGCAAUGCACCAGGGAUCAGAUUGCUGACAGGAUGGAAGACAAGUUCCCAGAUGAUGCUGGGUUGGACAAGCUAAUCAAGUUUUGUAAAGACUUAUCAGGUCUUAGAACACGUGCAAGAAUUCUUAAAAAAGAGAGAUCAAAAGUAAUGGGAGAAGCAUCACUGGAAAUAAAUAGGCAAGAAGCAGGCCCUGCCAUGCCUACAUCAACUACAAGCCACAUGUUAAAAUCUGAAAGAGGGGAGACUUCUACAGCUCAUGCAGAGACUUCCACAGCUCAUGCAGAGACUUCUACAACUCAGGCAGAGACUUCUACAACUCAGGAGACUUCUACAGCUCAUGCAGAGACUUCCACAGCUCAUGCAGAGACUUCUACAGCUCAGGCAGAGACUUCUACAACUCAGGAGACUUCUACAGCUCAGAAAAGAAAAAAUAUGAGUAAAGAAAAGACUGGAGUGAAAAAGACCAAGGCAUCUAUGCGACCAGAUCAGCCUCCCUGUUCUAAAGAAGACACAGCCAGGAGGCAACCAUCAAUAGCCCAGGUGUCAUCUUCAGCUUCAUCUAACAUUUCUUUGGCUAAGAAGCCUCUAGAAGGACACUUGGAUUUAAAGAUGUCCCCAGGCUCUUCAACAUCACCUUCCCAGAAUGCUAUUCCAGGGUCUACAGCAACAUAUCACAGCAAUUCAUCCGAGACACCAAGGAGAAGAACUGUACCAAGGGAGCCUUCUGAAGAAGUAGGUUACCAUCAUGGUCCCAAACAAGUGAUGGUGUUGAAAGUAACAGAACCAUUUACAUAUGACACUGAAGAAGAUAAAAGGAUGUUUCAUGCUACAGUGGCUACUGAGACUGAGUUCUUCAGAGUGAAGGUUUUUGAUGCAGCUCUAAGGAGCAAGUUCAUCCCAAGAAAGAUCAUUGCAAUAUCAGAUUAUUUCGGGUGCAAUGGGUUCCUGGAGAUAUACAGACCUUCCUGUGUGUCUGAUGUGAACGUUGACCAAACAAUGGUUAUCUCAAAAAGACUGAGACAAAGAGCCAUUGCAACUCCAAGAAUUUCUCAUCUUUUCUUACAAACAAAGGGGACAUUUGUGAAUGGAGAGUUUGCAGUGAUUAAGAAAACUGAAAGGAAUAACUUCAUUUACUAUGGAAUUGAAGAUGAUACAGGGAAAAUGGAAGUGGUGGUUUAUGGACGACUCACCAAUAUCAACUGUGAACCAGGCAGUAAACUUAGACUUGUCUGCUUUGAAUUGAAUUCCACUGAAGAUAUGUGGCAGCUGAAGUCUGUAAGGCACAGUUACAUGCAGGUCCCCUUGGAAAACCCCAUUAUUGCCAGUAAGAAAACUGGGGACGAACGACUAUCGUCCGGUACAGGAUCUCAGAGACGUCAACAGAGGGUACAAGAUGUCCACUGUACAGUGCCCAACCCCUACAACUUGCUCAGCAUACUGUCAGCCUCUCGAACCUGGUAUACCGUCUUAGAUUUAAAAGAUACCUUCUUCUGUCUGAGGUUACAUCUAAACAGCCAGCCCCUGUUUGCUUUCAAGUGGCGGGACCCUGAAAGUGGGAGAACCGGACAACUCACGUUGACGAGGUUACCCCAAGGAUUCAAAAACUCCCACACCCUAUUCGAUGAAGCUCUACACUGGGACCUUGCCACCUUCCGUGCUAAUAACUCCCAGAUGGUGAAUGAAUAUAAGAGAAUCGUUCUGCUGAAAGGACUCAUACCCAUCAGUGAUAAUUAUUUUAGCAUAUUUAAGUCACUGAUGGCCAGGGAUUUAGGACUGAAUAGAAAAAAGCAAAAGCAAUGCACCAGGGAUGAGAUUGCUGACAUGAUGGAAGACAAGUUCCCAGAUGAUGCUGGGUUGGACAAACUAAUCAAGUUUUGUGAAGACUUAUCAGGUCUUAGAACACGUGCAGGAAUUCUUAAAAAAGAGAGAUCAAAAGUAAUGGGAGAAGCAUCACUGGAAAUAAAUAGGCAAGAAGCAGGCCCUGCCAUGCCUACAUCAACUACAAGCCACAUGUUAAAAUCUGAAAGAGGGGAGACUUCUACAGCUCAUGCAGAGACUUCCACAGCUCAUGCAGAGACUUCUACAGCUCAGGCAGAGACUUCUACAACUCAGGAGACUUCUACAGCUCAGAAAAGAAAAAAUAUGAGUAAAGAAAAGACUGGAGUGAAAAAGACCAAGGCAUCUAUGCGACCAGUUCAGCCUCCCUAUUCUAAAGAAGACACAGACAGGAGGCAACCAUCAAUAGCCCAGGGGUCAUCUUCAGCUUCAUCUAACAUUUCUUUGGCUAAGAAGCCUCUAGAAACUCACUUGGAUUUAAAGAUGUCCCCAGGCUCUUCAACAUCACCUUCCCAGAAUUUUCCAAUGUUUUCAGCCUCAGACACCAGCAUGCAUCUGAACUCUACUGUGCUUUCUACACUGUCCAGUGAGCCUUUAGCAACAUUGACAAAGAAAGCCCAGCUCAUAAAGAUACCUCCUCCAGCAACAGCAUCCAGCACUCUCCUGACUUCACAUGCAACUCCACCAACAGCAUCCAGCAGUCUCCUGGCACCACAGUUGUCUUCAGAAACAACAUCCAGAGCUCUUCAUGCUAUUCCAGGGUCUACAGCAACAUAUCACAGCAAUCCAUCCAAGACACCAAAAAGAAGAACUGUACCAAAGGAGCCUUCUAAUGAAGAAGGACACCAUCAAGGUCCCAAACAAGUGAUGGUGUUGAAAGUAACAGAACCAUUUACAUAUGACACUGAAGAAGAUAAAAGGAUGUUUCAUGCUACAGUGGCUACUGAGACUGAGUUCUUCAGAGUGAAGGUUUUUGAAGCAGCUCUAAAGAGCAAGUUCAUCCCAAGAAAUAUCAUUGAAAUAUCAGAUUAUUACGGGUGCAAUGGGUUCCUGGAAAUACACAAACAAUCCUGUGUGUCUGAUGUGAACGUUGACCAAACAAUGGUUAUCUCAAAAACACUGAGACAAAGAGCCAUUGCAACUCCAAAAAUUUCUCAUCUUUUCUCACACACAAAGGGGACAUUUGUGAAUGGAGAGUUUGCAGUGAUUAAGAAAACUGAAAGGAAUAACUCCAUUUACUAUGGAAUUGAAGAUGAUACAGGGAAAAUGGAAGUGGUGGUUUAUGGACGACUCACCAAUAUCAACUGUGAACCAGGCAGUAAACUUAGACUUGUCUGCUUUGAAUUGAAUUCCACUGAAAAUACGUGGCAGCUGAAGUCUGUAAAGCACAGUUACAUGCAGCCUUCUGUCUUUUCAGAAGCCUCUAGAAACUCACUUGGGUUAAAAAUGUCCCCAGGCUCUUCAACAUCACCUUCCCAGAAUUUUCCAGUGUUUUCAGCCUCAGACACCAGCAUGCAUCUGAACUCUACUGUGCCUUCUACACUGUCCAGUGAGCCUUUAGCAACAUUGACAAAGAAAGCCCAGCUCAUAAAGAUACCUCCUCCAGCAACAGCAUCCAGCAUUCUCCUGGCUUCACAUGCAACUCCACCAACAGCAUCCAGCAGUCUCCUGACACCACAGUUGUCUUCAGCAACAACAUCCAGAGCUCUUCAUGCUAUUCCAGGGUCUACAGCAACAUAUCACAGCAAUCCAUCCAAGACACCAAGGAGAGGAACUGUACCAAAGGAAUCUUCUAAGGAAGCAGGUCACCAUCAAGGUCCCAAACAAGUGAUGGUGUUGAAAGUAACAGAACCAUUUACAUAUGGCAUGAAAGAAGAUAGAAGGAUGUUUCAUGCUACAGUGGCUACUGAGACUGAGUUCUUCAGAGUGAAGGUUUUUGACGCAGCUCUAAGGAGCAAGUUCAUCCCAAGAAAGAUCAUUGCAAUAUCAGAUUAUUUCGGGCGCAAUGGGUUCCUGGAGAUAUACAAACCUUCCUGUGUGUCUGAUGUGAACGUUGACCAAACAAUGGUUAUCUCAAAAACACUGAGAGAAAGAGCCAUUGCAACUCCAAAAAUUUCUCAUCCUUUCUUAGAAACAAAGGGGACAUUUGUGAAUGGAGAGUUUGCAGUGAUUAAGAAAACUGAAAGGAAUAACUUAAUUUACUAUGAAAUUGAAGAUGAUACAGGGAAAAUGGAAGUGGUGGUUUAUGGACGACUCACCAAUAUCAACUGUGAACCAGGCAGUAAAGUUAGACUUGUCUGCUUUGAAUUGAAUUCCACUAAAAAUACGUGGCAGCUGAAGUCUAUAAGGCACAGUUACAUGCAGGUCAUCAAUGCUAGAAGGUGAAGAAAAGCCCCUCACCACAGAUUCAGUUAUGAGAACCUG